GGCAAUAUGAAGGCCGAAACUGUCAAAACCAAUCCAAUGGGUCCUCUCCUCGGUUUCUGAACAUUUGACAAAUCACAAAUCCACCAAUCGUCUCGUCAUCUGAUUUCCCAGAUUUCCCCUUUCCUUAUCAUCUUCGCCAUUGCAUAUAUAACUGACUACUUUCGUACUACUCCUACUUUUCUAGCAGCAAAUCAAACCCACAAUAUCCCUCCUCAGCAGCAAUGUUGCUGAGUGCUCCAAAACUCUCCAUUUCCCCUUCUUCUUCUUCUUCUUCUGCUGCUGCUUAUUCUGCGCCCCUCCUUUUCCCUGUCAAAAAAUCCAGCAUCCCAGCAAGAAACUUCCCUUCAUUUCUCCACUCCGCAACAUCUCACAUUUCCCUCGGCGUUCCCCGAGCCGCCUCCUCAUCCUCCUCCCCCUCCCCUAUGAUAGAGAAAGAAACCUUAGAAACCCACCGUCCCCACACCUUCCUCCGCGAAUCAGAUGAGGCUGCGGCCUUCUCCUCCUCCUCCUCCUCCUCUUCUGAUUCUGCCGGCUCAGUCAGGGCCAGGUUUGAGAAGAUGAUUAGGGACGCCCAGGACAGCGUUUGCGCCGCAAUUGAGGCCGUGGAUAAUGGCAGCAAGUUCAAGGAGGAUGUCUGGUCCAGGCCCGGCGGCGGUGGCGGCAUCAGUAGAGUUUUACAGGACGGCGCCGUUUGGGAAAAGGCUGGGGUCAAUGUCUCCGUGGUUUAUGGUGUUAUGCCGCCUGAAGCUUAUCGGGCCGCAAAGCCAUCUUCAGAUAAUGGUGACAUUAAGCCCGGGCCAAUUCCCUUUUUCGCCGCCGGCAUCAGCUCGGUUCUGCAUCCACACAACCCCUUUGCACCGACUUUACAUUUCAAUUAUCGGUACUUUGAGACUGAUGCUCCCAAAGAUGCUCCAGGAGCUCCUAGGCAGUGGUGGUUUGGUGGUGGUACAGAUUUUACGCCUGCUUACAUUUUUGAGGAGGAUGUUAAACAUUUCCAUUCGGUCCAAAAAAGUGCAUGCGACAAGUUUGACCCUAGCUUCUAUCCUCGAUUCAAGAAAUGGUGUGACGACUAUUUCUAUAUUAAGCAUCGUGGAGAGAGGCGAGGACUUGGCGGCAUAUUUUUUGAUGAUUUGAAUGAUUAUGAUCAAGAGAUGCUUCUUUCUUUUGCUACUGAGUGUGCAAAUUCUGUGAUCCCUGCAUAUAUACCAAUAAUAGAGAAGAGGAAGGAUACACCAUACACAGAAAGAAACAAAGCAUGGCAACAACUACGAAGGGGGCGCUAUGUAGAAUUCAACCUGGUUUAUGACCGUGGAACAACAUUUGGUCUCAAGACAGGAGGCAGAAUCGAGAGUAUUCUUGUUUCCCUUCCGCUAUCUGCUCGUUGGGAAUAUGACCAUAAACCAGAAGAGGGGAGUGAAGAAUGGAAACUAUUGGAUGCAUGUAUCAACCCCAAGGAGUGGCUGUAACAAUUUUGUGAUGAUAGUAUUUUGACGUGGUGUUCCCUGUUCUGAUCUGGGUUUCGUGUUUGCCUAGGUUUGUCGCAUUACAAUAUGAGUCUGUAGCAUUGCGCCUAAUAAUGGGCUUGUGCUUCUUGUCAGGCUGUGAUUUACUUGAUCGAAAGUCGGAAGAGGAAGGUGCAUUUGUAAAUCUUACGGGUUAAAAAUUGGCUUCGUUUACUGGAGGCGAUAUUGUAAGUUGGAACUGUCUUAACAUGUAUAUACAUCGUGGUUAAUCAUGAAUAACCACAAUAUUCUGGGUGUGAGCAAAUGCCUGAAAGAACAUUGAAGCAGGCUCUCUCUUUUCGUAACUUGCAAGUCAAGAUUGCCUGAUUCUCGCAGUGUUGUGAAA